AUUCGACAACAACAACAACGCAAAGGACAGCCGCCGCCAUGCCUCAGGAUAUGCCGCCGACGGGCGGCUACGAGCCAGUCCAAUAUCGCCGAAAUCUGCCAGUCCGAGGCUUCAGACCUGCUUGGUAUCUGGUUGCAGUGGCAGGAAUCAUGACAUACGGCUUUUACAGAGUGGGACAGGGCAUAAGAGAGCAGAACGAACUUGCGCGAGAAAAGAUGUGGUCGCGAAUCCACCUUAUCCCCCUACUACAAGCCGAGGAGGACCGCGAUGCGGUGAGAAGGGUAUUGGGACAGAAGAAGAUGGAGAAGGAACUGCUUGGAAAGGAGGUUCCCGUAUACAACAAGGAUAUAUUCGAGCGACCGACGUUUGCUGUAACACCUUCCAACGUAACGAAAUAGUGCCAAAGGAGCAGUCUGGCACGAUAACGAUGCCACUUGUACAUAUCCAGGAGUUUAGAGGUUUGAUGAGGUCAGGGCGGCUUCUAUGUGAAAAUGGCAUGCAUGUUCCAUUUGUGCCAUCUCCUGCAAGCGGAUGCAUCGACCGAACAAAGAGCAUGCUAACAUUCCUGGCAAAUAUCAUGCGCGCGCCCUAUAUGUCUUUCGUUGACUCACGCCGGCAGCUUAAACCAGCCACGCUCAUGCACGAAGCCGACUCUUGCAACACGCCUUACUGGCUGCAGCAGCGAACUGAAGGCCGCAUUUCGGAAACCUGCUUCUUCUCUGCAAGCCUCCACCCGGAUAGCAUCGCCCUCUCCAAUCUAGCACCGAUACAUCUACAAAACACGCGAGAGCUCGAAGCUGCAAAUCCAGCGACAUUCUUCGUAAGUAUGGCUGAACAUCACAGAACUCUCCAGAUAAAUGCCGAACAUGCCCAGGCAAACGCCGCAUCCCCGCAAGACGCCAACAACAAAAACUUCCGCCCCUAUCACCAUCCCCCUCCGAAUAUGGCGGAAGGCCAAACAAAAACACACAUACUUCCGCGAGACCAAAUCAUCGAUAGUAUUCGUAACCUAAGUGGGCAAAACGACCCAAUCGCUUGUAUUCCACGAACAGCUCGCGAUGAUGCGAAAGGGAAAUGUGCGAGAGAUUGCAGCGCUAGCUUUCUCCGGGUCAUCGAGAAAUGUGUCAUAGAGACACGGCACCGCUUCGAGCUCCAGGGUCAAAACACUGCACUGCCAGCUCCAGCUUCUAUCGAUGAUUACGAAGAACAAGCAGCCAGCACCCCACCAGCACGUCGGCUUGGGAAGCCCACCUCAUAUCCUACCCUCGAAGCGAAGUUCGAGGACGAAGUGCGGGAACUCAACGGUUGCAAACGCAGUGCAGCAGAGAGUGCAAGGGCCCGUCUUGCCGGAUACGGAUCUUACAAUAGCUCCAGUAAGCAGAUCGACACCGACGACGACUAUACUGAGGUCGACGAGGACGAUGAGGGCGAUGAGGAUAAUGAUGAUGAUGAGAUUCAAGUCAAGCCAAGAUCCCGAGCAUCACCUAUCGCCGAGCACGACCCGGAACCAGAGCCGAUCUCACCAGACACGCUGAAUGCCUCGCAUGCAACAUCAAAGCAAACGCUGUUCAUUACUCCUCCUCCGACUAACACCACGACGACACCAAGUGUCUGCAUGUCGGAGUUCGGCGGGGCACAGACGAAUCCCCUCUAUGAGGCAGAUUCGACCAAACGCAAGAGAUUGCUGGACAUUGAGGAUAUGGAGCUCGAAAUGAGGCAGAUCGAACUGAGGAGACAAUUGAAGGCGGCGCGACGCGCGGAAGAGCUGGAGAUUGAGAACGAAAGGGCUGAGCAGCGGGCAUAA